AGACGCGAGGAGAAAAUGUAUCUUCACAAUAAUACUCCUACCAUCUCUGGUCCCCACAAGCACGCGCGUAGCAGCACGCAGCGCUUCAGUGUCAGUUGUACGUUUGACAUCAAGUGGUGUGGUUGCACAAUGUGGAAGACUACAACUGUAAUCUUCGUUCUUGCCAUCGGAAUAGCUUUUUUGUUCCGCACCAGUCCCGUUAAAGAUGUACCGAACUUGCCUGAACCAUUCUGGGGACCAGAAAAGAAUAGAGGGGCAUCAAAGGAAAUACGACCUUUUCUUAUCAACGUGACAAGUCCGAUAAUCGAUGACCUGAAAGACCGGCUUGCAAAGAGAAGAGAAUUGGUGCCACCGUUGGAGAAUACUGCGUGGACUUACGGCACCAGUACGACGUAUCUUGAAAAUAUUCUCGAAUAUUGGCGUACGAAAUAUAACUGGUCUCAGCGACAAGCUCUACUUAACAAACAUCCACAAUACACGACUAAUAUACAAGGUCUGGAUAUACAUUUUUAUUAUGUGAAACCACAUGUACCAUCAGAUCGGAACGUGAAGGUUCUUCCAUUGCUGAUUUUACACGGAUGGCCAGGAUCCGUCGUGGAAUUUCAAAAAAUUAUUCCUAUGCUAACGACGCCACGUCCCGACAGAGACUUUGUGUUUGAGGUGAUCGCACCUUCGCUUCCAGGUUUUGCAUUCUCGCAAGCGCCUGUACGACCAGGAUUAGGCCCAGUACAGAUAUCCGUUAUAUUCAAAAACCUCAUGUUACGUCUUGGUUUUAACAAAUUUUAUGUACAAGGAGGAGACUGGGGCUCCGCUAUUGUCACGCAUUUAGCUAGUCUCUUCUCAGACAAUGUUCUUGGUCUUCAUAUGAAUUUGUGUGCAGAUUUAUCAAUAACAAACGUAUUUUGGAGAUUACUGGGUUCUAUUUUUCCAUGGUUCAUAGUGGAUAAUGAAUAUUACUCUAGAAUGUAUCCUUUGAGUUACCACCUAAGUCGAAACAUUGAGGAAUCGGGAUAUUUACACAUUCAGGCUACUAAACCAGACACUAUAGGUACGGCCGUGGCAGCCUCGCCAGUAGGAUUGGCAGCGUAUAUCUUGGAAAAGUUUAGUACGGGUACGAAUGCAGAGUACAGAUUCCGAACAGACGGUGGUUUGCUCGAGAAACACAGCAUAGACGAGCUCUUGGAUAAUAUCAUGCUCUACUGGAUUACCAAUUCUAUGACUACGAGUGCUCGAAUUUAUGCGGAAAAUUUUAAUAAGACCAACCGGGAAAGUGGACUUGAGAAUCUGCCCGUUAAUGUGCCAUCAGCGUGUGCAGCAUUUCCUCACGAGAUACUUUACCAUCCGGAAAAUUUACUUCAGAGCAGAUACACUAAUCUGAUACAAUAUAAUUAUUUACCGCGCGGAGGCCAUUUUGCUGCCAUGGAGGAACCAGCUCUGUUGGCGGACGAUAUCUUUGAAUUUGUAUCAAAGACUGAAGAUAUCAGAAAGAAAGCUGGCAACAAAGAUAUUCCAAAUGCAGGAAAGAAAAUAAAAGAGCCCACGAAAAUUUGAAAGAACGUUUGACUGUGUUAUAUCUCUUAUAUGUAUUACGAAAGUAAUAGGAUCCAAUGUAAAAUGUUGGAUUAAUGUGGAUUAAUUAGUAAAAUCGUUACUUGCAUCUUAUUGCAUUUUGGGCAUGUGAAAGUUUUAAAUAAAAUAUUUAAGUUUUUGCAAUGUUAUGUUAUUUCGUUUUUAAUGCUUGCUUUAACGCUAAAAUUGUUAUCCAAACUUUUAUUUGGAAUUAUUAAUAGUUUUUAAUAAACACAUGUUUUCCCAGC